AUGCUUGACCCUAAAAACGAAAUAAAAAAACUUCCACUUUCUGAAAACCUUUUACAUUACUACCAAGAAAGAUGUGAGACGGCUGAACAAGAAUAUCAGGACGCGAUUGACGCGAUUGAUAAGUGUAAAACAUCUCAUGAAGAACAACAUAAGUUGACUUGGGAUCUUCAACAACGUUUACAAGAAAUCGUAGAUUUAAAAAAAGAUCUUAGUGACACACAAUUGUUCUUAACAGAAGAACGAAAGCGUUUCAUAAGAGUGGUUGCCGAGAAUGACGAACUAAGAGUCCAAGACUUGCAGGAUCGUAGGAAAAUUCAAUAUCUAUUAUCAAUUACCGGACCGUUAAAGCGGGAUGAAGAUUCAAAUUCUGGAGUUAAAGAUCCGCGAGAUAAUGAGAUAGAAUCUUUAAAAUUGAUGGUGAAGUCUUUACAUUCCCAACUUGAAGAGCAGAGACAUGGGUAUGAUGAAAUUAUAGAUAAUCUAAAAUUGAAUCUUCAGACUUAUACAGAAGAGGAGACACGACGGCGUCAACGAGAUGCUAACACAAUACAAGAAUUGACAAAAAAAGUUCAACUAAUGGAAAAUGUAUAUCGCGAGAAUACGAAAGAAACACUUCAGCUCAAAAAAGAUAAAAUGACAGAAGAGCGAAGAGUUAAUGAAAACUUAACCUCAGUGUUGCAAGAAUUGGGUGAUAUAAAAGUUAAAUAUCGCAAAGAGAAAGAAAGAAAUGACACGGUCGAGCGAGAAGUCGAAUCAAGAAUACUUUCAAAAUACGAUUCUUCGAUUAAUGAACUUAGACGACAAAAUGAACAGUAUGAAAGGGAGAUCAAAUCAAUUAAAACCGAGAAAGAACAAAAUGAAGAAUCUUCAAAGCGUAAAAUUGAAAUCCUUCAGAAAAGGGCUGAAACGCUUACAGCCAAUUACAAUAACAUGAAAAGGCGGCGAAAUCACGAUUUUGAAGGAUUUUCAAAUGACAUCACGAUGUUGAGAAAACAGCUUAAGGGAUUAGAAAAGCUGAUAUUGAAAUAUGCUCCAUAUGAUGAUCAGGAGUACCAUUUAAUGAAUAUAGUCAAAGAAACCGGUGGACAGAUAGGUAAAGUUUCGGAUGAAUUACGAACGCUAAAGGUUGUGUAUAACAAAUAA